UGGGUGUCUAGGGCUGUUCAACCUGUAAAUUGAUACUGAAGUUCACGUGUGGCAGUUUGAGACCAGUACCCUGUCACAAAAUUGAAAGCUCUUCCUUAGCUAGCUAGCUAGCUCUUUCAGCAAGUCUUUAUUCUUCUCACUUCCCUUACCUCUAGAACAAGGCAAAAAGAAGUAGAACUAAUCUCACGAGAAACAACACAAGCUAGCUAGAUCUUGUCCAUCUUUUCCUUUACACCCAUGUCCCAUGCAUCAUAUACUCUCGUCUAAAUCCCACGCAACAUCUCUCUCACUCUUCCCAGCUAAAUUAGAUCACUGUUCAAUUCCCUUCCUUCACGAACCUGCAAACAUUUUAUACUUUCUUUCUCUUCCAUUAAACCUCUCCAUACGUCCAUGAACCCCUCCACCACUUCACCCAAAACCCACAUGAUCACCAUCAACUCCAGCAGCAAUGACUCAGAUCAGCCAAACAAACCCUUACUUCAAAAAUCCCCAAAACCCCCCGACGAGCUAUCCAACUUCCAAAUCAGCCUCAAAUGGUGCGCACUCGACCACUCCACCUACCUGGGAAAGUUUAUCUCCUACUUCACCUUCAUCCUCCUGACCCUCGUCGUCCCAAUCCUAACUUCUUUCACACUUAAGCUUCCAACCAAUGACUACCCCAUUUCCUUUAACAAACUAGUCCAGCUCCCAGAAUCUGGGUUAGCUGCCAUUGCCUUUUUCACACUCUCCGCCUUCUUUCGGAAUUACGGCCUCAAGCAGCUCCUCUUCCUUGAUGGCCUCGAAGACGAUACUUUCUCUGUCCGGAGGGGAUACACCCGCGAGGUCGAUAAGGCCUUCAAGUGCUUGGUAUGCAUACUCUUGCCUUCGUUCUUCAUCGAGAUUGCUCACAAGAUUCUAUUCUUCACCACCGUGAAAGUGUCACUGCCAUAUAUGAGUCCGAGUGUCCCGUUGAAUUCCAUUGUGUUUGUUUUGGUGUUGGCUUCGUGGGUUUAUCGGACCGGGGUGUUCUUGCUGGUUUGUAUUCUCUUCCGAUUGACAUGUGAGCUCCAAAUACUUCGGUUCGAAGGGUUGCAUAAGUUCUUUGAAGGGUCUGAUUCCAAUUCUAAAGUCAUUUUUCAGGAACAUGUGAGGAUAAGAAAGCAAUUGUGGGUUACGAGCCACAGGUACAGAUUCUUUAUCAUUGGGUGCUGGUUUACCAGCACCGUCAGCCAAUUUGCAGCCUUGUUGAUGGUUCUGGCAUCCAAGGCAGAGAAGACUUUUCUCAACUCCGGUGACCUUGUGGUUUGCUCGGCUGUUGAGCUAAGUGGGUUGUUUUUGUGCUUAAUGGAGGCAGCAAGGAUGACACAUAGAGCUCAAGGAAUUGUUGCAAUUGCUACAAGAUGGCAUAUGUUUUUAACUUGUUCAUCUGCUGCUGGGUUAGAUUCCAAUAAGCAGGGGAAACGCCAGAGCCCUGAGGCUAAUGGAGGCUGUGAUGGAGAGAGUGACAAUGAUUCAUCGGACAUUUCCACUUCUGUUUCUCCACAUGACCCUUCCUCGUUCCAAACCAGGCAAGCUUUAGUGACAUACUUGGGACACAACCAUGGAGGGAUCACGCUGUUCGGAUUUGCACUUGAUCGAGGGAUGCUUCACACAAUAUUCGCCUUCGAGUUCUCUCUGGUGCUAUGGAUACUCAGUAAAGUAGUUGUUUUGUCUUAAUUAGAUAUAGCUGCUACACAACUUUGCAAUUAAUUAAUUAAUUCUUGUCUGCCCGGGAGGGUUUGCAUGUCCCUUCCAACAGGAAUAUAGAAUAAGGGCACCUAUAAUUUGAUGUACAAAACGUAAGAAUGUAUACAUGUUUGUGGACUUAAUGUGAAAGAACUGUAAAGGUUGGAAACGAAAAGAGCACUAAGAAAAUCACACAUUUUUGUAAACAAUCUCAUACGCCUUCCUUUACUAGGAUGACAGUCACACUCACACCACAAAGCAAAAGCUACAACCAAUGAUAAAUUAGCAUUUUACACGACCAAUUUAGGGCGUCAAAACCAUUAAAAUAUUCACAUUCAGUUAGCCCAAAAAAAAAAAUAAAAAAAAUAUAAGAGAUCAAGAAAGACUAUUUACGUUCCUGGACAA